CUUAAUGUGGAAAUCAAGGCCUCACUGCCUGAGGGGGCAAUAGGUAGAGACACUAGAAUGGUCACCAAACAGACUAAACUGUCGAUUUGUCUAUCAGCCCUUGGCCAAGCCUUGAACUCCUUGGUGAUUCUUAAGAAAGAUGAACCUCUUGACCCUGAAGCGAAGAAGUCUUGUGUGGGUCUAAUUAGUGAUGCAUCUAGGUUGAUUCUUGAAGUGCAUAGGGAGGAAUCUCAGACUAGAAGAGCCCUAAUCCUGUCGAAUUUAAACCCAACCUUGAAGGACGCACUUAAUGAAGUGAAAUUCGGGGAGUUACUAUUUGAUAAGGAGCUAGAUGGCAUCAUCAAAACCUCCAAGUGUCUUGAAAAGACCAGUAAUGAUCUGAAGAAACCUGGAAAAACGCUGAAUGACGAGUUCUCAAAAAACGUCAAACGCCCGCUCUAUCCCACAGGAAAGAAGCAGCAGAGGUCGAGCGGGCACACGAACUCUCGACUUCGGGAGAAGAAGACCCCCCAGAAGCCUCGGACUCGAGGUUACACCUCCAGGAAGGAAUCAUAUCACCGAGGGAGGAAAUAAACGAUGGAACCCCACCCACUCCAGAAACAACUUUCCCUGGUGGCCGGAAUUUUGUCAGGAAGGCAAUUGCGAUGAGAGGAGCACCACCAGAAUCUUCUGAACUCUCCUUGGACUCCAUCAGGUUGUCAUCAUGGAAACA